ACAUUUUUCAGGAAAUGAAUUUAAAGAAAUGAGAAAUCCAGGAAGCUGAAGUGAAACGAGUCGCUGUAGGGGCAUUAGAGAAUUAAGUCUCUUUAAACUGGUUUGAAUGGUUGACACGAGGUGACGCGGGAGACAACAUGUUAAUAAAGGAGUUCCGAAUCGUCCUGCCCAUUUCUGUUGAGGAGUACCAGGUGGGUCAGCUGUACUCGGUGGCAGAGGCCAGUAAGAAAGAAACAGGGGGAGGAGAAGGAGUGGAGGUGUUGAAAAAUGAACCCUACGAGAAGGAAGGCGAGAAAGGACAGUACACGCACAAGAUCUACCACCUGCAGAGUAAAGUGCCAUCAUUUGUUCGGUUGCUGGCACCAUCAUCUGCCCUCAGUAUCCACGAGAAGGCCUGGAAUGCUUACCCAUACUGCCGCACAGUUCUUACGAACGAGUACAUGAAGGACAAUUUUCUAAUCAUGAUUGAGACGUGGCACAAACCUGACCUCGGCGAACAGGACAAUGUCCAUAAGCUUGACCCAGAACAGUGGAAGAAGGUCGAGGUAGUUCACAUUGACAUAGCCAACAGAUCUCAGGUGGAGACCAAAGACUACAAACCAGAUGAGGAUCCAGCCACAUUUAAAUCCGAGAAGACAGGACGAGGGCCAUUAGGACCUAACUGGAAGAAAGAACUUCCUCAGAAGACAGACUGCCCUCAUAUGUGCGCUUAUAAACUAGUCACAGUCAAAUUCAAAUGGUUUGGAUUGCAGAACAAAGUAGAGAGUUUCAUCCACAAGCAAGAGAAGCGUCUAUUCACCAACUUCCACAGGGAGCUCUUCUGCUGGAUAGACAAAUGGAUCAACCUGACGAUGGACGACAUUCGUCGCAUGGAGGAGGAGACACAGAAGGAACUUGACGAUAUGCGAGAGAAGGAUCCAGUUAAAGGGAUGUCUGCUGCCGAUGAAUAGAUGCUGCAGCCGGGACUAGGACAUCCAAACGAUUUGGUCAUGUCCUGGUAUUGGAUAGAGACUCUGCAGUAUGAUCGGCUACUCUCGCUCUCUCUCCUCAAGCUCCACUCCAGUAUAUAUUCUCUUUUCUCCACACCUGCAAACAGCGGGGCCUCAUCCAGAGAUGUUUCUUACACUAAAAAUGAUAAAUGUAUUCUGUUAAGUUUAUUGGUUUGUCUCCAAACAUUCCUGUUUACUUUUGUCUUUUUUGCGUUUUUGUUGAUCAUGUUGACCAACAGCACUUAUGUGCCUAAACAGUCCUCACUACUUGUAUUACCAGCUUGUUUACAUGUUUUUCUAGCAGAUAUUAACAGAUUUGAACGUGAUCAAGAUGCCUCGGUUACAUGCUAGUAACCAUGAGUUUAUUAUACAGCUUGGUCAGACCUGACCCAUUGUUAUCCAUAGACCCAAAUUCUCAGGUAAUUUUGUACAUUGAAAAAAUGAAUCUUUAUAUUGUUAGGAUGUUUAUGAUAUUAAAACAAGUUUACAGUUGUAAAAAUGUCAACCUGGUUUUGUUUAUAUUAGUUAACACACAUGGUAACUAUGUUGGGUAAUCUUUAUCGGUUUGGCGAUUGUGAACUGUAUUCGAGCACUCAUUCAUUCGAGGCUUGUUUCACCUUCCCAUCGUAAUAAUAAAACAUUUUGUGGUUGCUGGAUUUGGAUCAAAUGUAAUACUUGAUGAAACAAAUUAUAUUAAAAAGAGGUUAUAUUAUGA